AAAGAAAAAAAAUGGAUCAAAGUUUGUACCGCAAGUGCUUGGUUAUUUUGUCGGUAAUGGGGAUGAUCGGAACAUCAUCUGCGGCAUAUGCUGGGAGUCCGUGGCGUCGUGCAUCAGCCACCUUCUACGGGGACGAAACCGCCGGCGAAUCCAUGGGUGGGGCUUGUGGCUAUGGCAACCUAUGGGACAGCGGCUAUGGUGCGGCCACGUCGGCAAUAAGUACAGUGCUGUUCAACGACGGUUACUCAUGCGGUCAGUGUUUCCAAAUAAGAUGUGUGUCGUCGCCUAACUGCUACUACGGUUCACCAGCCACCGUGGUUACUGCGACCAACAUAUGUCCACCGAAUUGGGGUCAAAACUCCAACAACGGUGGAUGGUGUAAUCCGCCACGUGCCCAUUUUGAUCUGACUAAACCAGCUUUCAUGAAAAUCGCAGAUUGGAAGGCUGGUAUCAUCCCUGUCUCAUACCGAAGAGUGGCAUGCAGAAGGAGUGGAGGAAUAAAGUUCAAAUUUGAAGGAAAUGGAUAUUGGCUUUUAGUGUACGUGAUGAACGUAGGUGGUGCGGGUGACAUUAGGAACAUGGCCGUUAAAGGUAGCCGUACGAACUGGAUCGACAUGAGCCACAACUGGGGAGCUUCUUACCAAGCUUUCUCUUCUCUCUAUGGCCAAUCUCUCUCGUUCCGACUAACCUCCUACACCACUCGUCAGACCAUUUACGCUUGGAAUGCUGCUCCGGCUAGCUGGAGCGCUGGCAAGACCUACAACUCUUACACUAAUUUCAGCUGAUUGUUAAAAUCUUUAAUGUGAACUACGGUUUUACCCCUCAUUUUUGAGGUGCCGGUCUAACAUUUUAGACUGCCCUAAUCCAACUUUUAAAUUAUGUUUUUCAUUUUUUUAUCCAAAAUUACAAACACUAAUAUAAAAAUAACUAAAGCUUUCAUAAAACAAUCAAACACAUCUAUACUAUUAAAACAUGAUUUUAUUGGCUUUUUUACUAAAAAUACCAUUUUCUUUACUAACAUUGAUAAGUAUUCAGUUGUAACUCAUUUUUCUAAUCCAGUUGUAAUUCUUUUUUCAAUUUAUAAAUGUAUCCUAUUUAAGCA